AUUCGUUUGCAAAAAACGGGGUCAAAGUCACGAUCCCUUCGUUUGAAUGAAGAAGCGUAAAAACAUUUCUUUCUCAUUUUUUCAAAGCUCAUGUUUUUACGAUUUUUCAGGACAACUAGACUUACUUUGGAACAGCUAAACGCGCUUGCACCAGUGGAAUUUCACAAGGCUUUUGAAAACGUGAUAGAAUGUUGGCCAGAGGCGGCUGUUUUCUGCUCUGCAUUACUGCCGUUCAAGAGCUUUACCACGAUGACGAACGCAUUCGAAAACUACAUCGAGCGUCUGCCGACGGAAUCUAAGCUAAAGAUCCUGCGACUUCAUCCGGAUCUUGCCGGCAAGCUGUUGGACACCAACCAGCUCACCAAGGAGUCCUCGAGCGAACAAAACGCGGCCGGUUUAGACAGUUUGUCGGUGGAAGAAAAGACAAAGCUGACGGAAUAUAAUGAACG